CCCGACUGGCGGCCGCGCGUCCUCCCUCGCCGGCUGCAGGCUGGGCCCGGCGUCGAGCGGGGGCGGCGGGGCGGGGCCCACGGCCAUUGGCGGGCGGCGGGGCGGGGGCGGGGGCGCGGAGAGGCGGCCCGGGACGCUCGCAGCCGGCCGGCAGUUGCCGCCGUCGUCGCAGAGCCAGUGCCCAGCGCAGAGCCGCGCCCGCCAUGAGGGAGAUCGUGCACAUCCAGGCGGGCCAGUGCGGGAACCAGAUCGGCACCAAGUUCUGGGAAGUGAUCAGCGAUGAGCACGGCAUCGACCCGGCCGGGGGCUACGUGGGAGACUCGGCGCUGCAGCUGGAGAGAAUCAGCGUCUACUACAACGAGUCCUCGUCUCAGAAAUAUGUGCCCAGGGCCGCCCUGGUGGACUUAGAGCCAGGGACCAUGGACAGCGUGCGUUCCGGGCCUUUCGGGCAGCUUUUCCGGCCUGACAACUUCAUCUUUGGCCAGACGGGCGCGGGGAACAACUGGGCGAAGGGGCACUACACGGAGGGCGCGGAGCUGGUGGACGCGGUGCUGGACGUGGUGCGCAAGGAGUGCGAGCGCUGCGACUGCCUGCAGGGCUUCCAGCUGACGCACUCGCUGGGCGGCGGCACGGGCUCGGGCAUGGGCACGCUGCUCAUCAGCAAGAUCCGCGAGGAGUUCCCGGACCGCAUCAUGAACACCUUCAGCGUCAUGCCCUCGCCCAAGGUGUCGGACACGGUGGUGGAGCCCUACAACGCCACGCUGUCGGUGCACCAGCUGGUGGAGAACACGGACGAGACCUACUGCAUCGACAACGAGGCGCUCUACGACAUCUGCUUCCGCACGCUCAAGCUGGGCACCCCCACCUACGGCGACCUCAACCACCUGGUGUCGGCCACCAUGAGCGGCGUCACCACCUCGCUGCGCUUCCCGGGCCAGCUCAACGCCGACCUGCGCAAGCUGGCGGUGAACAUGGUGCCCUUCCCGCGCCUGCACUUCUUCAUGCCCGGCUUCGCGCCCCUCACCAGCCGGGGCAGCCAGCAGUACCGCGCGCUGACCGUGCCCGAGCUCACCCAGCAGAUGUUCGACGCCAGGAACAUGAUGGCCGCGUGCGACCCGCGCCGCGGCCGCUACCUGACCGUGGCCGCCGUGUUCCGCGGCCGCAUGUCCAUGAAGGAGGUGGACGAGCAGAUGCUGGCCGUCCAGAGCAAGAACAGCAGCUCCUUCGUGGAGUGGAUCCCCAACAACGUGAAGGUGGCCGUGUGCGACAUCCCGCCCCGCGGCCUGAAGAUGGCCGCGACCUUCAUCGGCAACAGCACGGCCAUCCAGGAGCUGUUCAAGCGCAUCUCCGAGCAGUUCUCGGCCAUGUUCCGGCGCAAGGCCUUCCUGCACUGGUUCACGGGCGAGGGCAUGGACGAGAUGGAGUUCACCGAGGCCGAGAGCAACAUGAACGACCUGGUGUCCGAGUACCAGCAGUACCAGGACGCCACGGCCAAUGACGGGGAGGACGCCUUUGAGGACGAGGAGGAGGAGAUAGAUGGAUAGCCGGCCGCCAGCAGCCGCCCCAGCUCGGAUCCUGCCACACGCAAGUACCUGCUUGAACCCUGGUGCCUCCUACCCCGUGGCCCUGGAUGGUGCGCUGGUCCGUCGUGUUGGUGUCGGCCCCUCACGAAUGCAGCCAAGUCCUGUAACGAGCCAUCUGGAACAAAGACAACACUUUAAAACAGCAGAGAGUCACUUGCGGGUUCUACCCAGUCGGAAGAUCACACCGUGGAGACUUUCUACUAGAGGACUUGAAAGAGAACUGAGGGGCCACGAAAUGAACUUCACCUUCCAUUAAGUGUUCAAGCAUGUCUGAGAAUUAGCAGGGGAGGAGUCAGAAACAGUUGUUCAUCCUUUGUGAUGAAGCCUGGAGUUGUGCCGUGUUGCCUUAUAUGAAUAUGCAGUAUGGGACUUUGAGAUAAUUGAUUCAUAAUAAAUUACUAAACGUGUGUCUUCAUCUCUCUA